AUGAAUUUUAAUUUUUCAUCGUCGUCAACAGAAGAAACUGAAACCGAAGAUAUCUCUAUUCCUGCAGAAUGGAAUACAGUGGUGUCUGAAUCAGGAAUAUCUUUUGAGGACUUUGUUAUGUGCGAUGAUGGAGUUAUGACUGCUGGGACAUUAACUGCUGACGAAAUUAUCAAUUCAGUAGCUCAGAAAAUCGAUACUAAUGAUUUAGAUGACAUAGAAAACUCGAAUAAUACUACAUGCGCUCCAUGGGUUUCCAUCAAAGAGGCAAGAACAGCAUUGAAUACUUUACGGAAUUUUAUAGAGCAAACCAGCAACUUUGAAGAAAAAUAA